CUCACCGUGGUCGUCGUUCAGUCCGCGACGGACCACGAAGCCGUCGACAUCGGUCGUGUGGUUGCGUGUGCGCGUGCGUACGCGUCUUCCGGUCCCACCUGGGAUUUAAAUACGGAGAGCUGGCGGUGUGCGGUCGACGGAUCAUCCUCCGGAGUGUCACGUGCGUCAUUUGUGUCAGCGACAUGACUAGGAGCAGUUAAUACUCGCGUUCACGUGAUACUCUACCCGGCGACGACUCCUUUCAAUUUCAACGACAUGGUGUACCAUUGGCAGAGUCAAAAUGUCAAAAUUUCCGGGGUGGACGAUAUGGUCCUCCUGCCAAAGGUCAACGAGGAUGCCAUCAUCGAGAACCUCAAAAAGAGAUACAUGGAUGAUUACAUAUUUACGUGCAUUGGACCCGUGUUGGUAUCGGUUAACCCUUUCAAGCAGAUGCCAUACUUCGGAGAGAAGGAAGUCGAAAUAUACCAAGGCGCGGCACCGUAUGAGAAUCCACCGCACAUCUAUGGACUGGCGGAUGAAAUGUACAGAAACAUGAUGAUCGAUAAUGAAAGUCAUUGCGUUAUUAUUAGUGGUGAGUCGGGCGCUGGAAAAACAGUCGCAGCGAAAUACAUAAUGUCCUACGUGGCAAGGAUAAGCGGCGGAGGCAAGAAAGUACAAAAAGUAAAGGACGUAAUCUUGGAAUCAAAUCCGCUCUUGGAGGCUUUUGGCAACGCGAAGACAAUGAGGAAUAAUAACAGCAGUAGAUUUGGAAAAUAUGUUGAGAUGCAAUUUGGAUCGGGCGGUCAGCCCAAUGGUGGCAAAAUUUCGAAUUUCCUUUUGGAAAAAUCAAGAGUAACUUGUCAUAAUCCCGGCGAACGAAACUUUCACAUAUUUUAUCAGCUGGCAACGGGCACCAAUGAGGAAAUGAAAACGGAAUUUGGAUUGACGGACCUCGAUUAUUAUCAAUAUUUGAGUUACGGUGGUAAUUAUAGAGUGGACGGUACAAAUGAUGCGCGAGAUUUUCAGGAAACCUUUAAAGCGUUGAGUGUCAUGGGAAUAAAAGACGUAGAAAUGAUGGAUAUAUUCAGAUUGGUAGCUGGAAUUCUCCAUUUGGGAAAUAUACAGUUCGCUGAGAACGGCAAUUAUUCGCAGAUAGCCAAUAAACAAUUUCUCGAGUUUCCAGCCUAUCUCUUUGGGAUCUCGACAGAACAGCUGUCACACAAAUUGAUUUCUCGAGAAUUCGAGUCGAAAUGGGGAAGUCAAUCUGAAAGCGUGGACGUGACGCUGAAUGUGGAGCAAGCGCUUUAUGCGAGAGACGCUUUGGCAAAGGACAUCUACGCUAGGCUUUUUGACUACUUGGUUAAGAGAGUCAAUUCAGCUAUGGAGACAAACACAGACGGAUACGAGAUUGGAAUUUUAGACAUAUAUGGCUUCGAGAUCUUUGAGAAGAACGGCUUCGAGCAAUUCUGCAUAAAUUUCGUGAACGAGAAAUUACAACAGAUUUUUAUUGAGCUCACAUUGAAGGCGGAGCAGGAAGAAUACAUUUCCGAGAACAUCAGGUGGACGCCGAUAGACUAUUUCAAUAACGCCAUCGUGGUGGAGCUUCUCGAGGGCAAGAGACCACCCGGUCUUUUCUUGGUCCUCGACGAUGUAUGCGCGACGCUGCACGGCGGAAGCACGGGUGCCGACGAUGACUUGAAGAAGAAACUGGCGGGAGCGGCUAAGCAACAUGCCCAUUUCCAAGAUACCGGUGACGGUUUCGCAAUCCUCCAUUACGCCGGCGUGGUAUCCUACUCUGUCGAUGGAUUCUGCGAUAAGAACCGGGACGUCCUCUUCUUAGACCUGAUCGAAUUGAUGCAGACCAGUACGAACUCCCUGGUGCGUGAGCUUUAUCCGCAAGAAAACGUCGGUAAAACGAAGACCCUUAAGUCCAGGCCAACCACCGCGGGUAGUAAAAUCAGAAAUCAAGCCAGUCGCUUGGUCGGCCAACUGAUGAAGUGCACACCGCAUUAUAUCCGGUGCAUCAAGCCGAAUGAAACGAAGAAACCGCGCGACUGGGAUCAUCUGAGAGUCAAGCAUCAGGUGGAAUAUCUAGGUCUGAAGGAAAAUAUCAGAGUGCGAAGAGCUGGCUUCGCCUAUAGAAGGCCGUUCGUCAAGUUUCUGCAUAGAUACGCGAUUCUCACGAAAGAAACGUGGCCCCGUUGGCCCGGUGAUGAGAAACAGGGCAUAGAAUGGAUAUUGGGUAGCGUUCACAUCGACCGAUCGCAAUAUCAGCUCGGCAGAUCGAAGCUCUUCAUCAAGGCGCCUGAAACUCUCUUCAUGCUGGAGGAAGCUCGUGACCGGAAAUACAACAUGUACGCGCGAGUCAUUCAGAAAACCUUCAAGAAGUACUUCGCCUGGAAGAGGCAGGCGCAGCAGAAACAGGAAGCCGCUGAUCUUCUCUUUGGCCAUAAAGAACGGAGACGGGCAAGCCUGAGCAGAAAUUUUGUGGGCGAUUACAUAGGGCUGGAAGGCAAGCCGCAGACGACGAGUUUGAUUGGAAGACGGGAGAAAGUGUUUUUCGCCGAAGUUGUGAAAAAAUACGACAGAAGGUUUAAGAUGUGCAGAAGAGAUCUCAUCCUCACCGGGAAAUGCAUUUAUUUGAUUGGUCGAGAGCAGAUAAAGAAAGGCCCGGAAAAGGGUAAAAUCUUCGAAGUUAUUAAGAGGAAGCUUAUGUUUAAUCAAAUCAGCUACGUGUCAUUAAGCACGUUGCAAGACAACUUCAUAAUAAUUCACGUAAAGGAGGACUACGCCAGCUUGUUAGAAUCAGUAUUCAAAACGGAGUUUUUAUCUGCCCUUAGCAAAAAGUAUCUGGAAGAUAUCGGUCAUCCUUUAAAUGUUAGGUUUAACAACGAUUUGGAGUUCAAAGUGAAGAAGGAAGGUUGGGGUGGCGGUGGAACAAGGCACGUGAAGUUCAUACAAACGGAUUACGGCGAUAAAGAGAUUUUGAAAGUAUCCGGCAAAAUGCUCACUGUCAGCAUCGGUCCAGGUUUACCAAGCACAUCGAAGCCUAAAUUGGACCGAUCGAGGUCAUCCUUUCGUUUGCACAAAGUCUCGAAGCCAAUUCGUUCGGCAUUGCAGCUAUGCAAUCCAAAUUCAAUUCUCGCAACUCAAAAUAAUCAGACUACUAUGACCGGAAGACCACCUCUUCGUCCGGUAGCGGCAGCAAGAUCUGUGACUUCUUCACGAACAACCUCAAACGGUAGACCAAACAUUCCACCGAAUCGUCCAAAUAUACAACCUACACAAUUUCUUCAAAAAGAUGUAAAAAAUGGUACAAACAACACGAAUAAGCAACGGGACAAGCAGACCGCCGUAAUGGGCAUGAUUAUCAAUCCUAAUGCUAGACCACGUGGUAUACUCAAAUUUCCUCCACCACCUACGGAACCACCACCACCGCACGAACCAACAGGAUUCAGGUUACCACCCAUUAACGGUGAACAUAAUGAUAAAGUUUCUGGUCAUCUCAAUAAAGGAAUGCAAACGUCCCAGGAAUGGAGUGUGAAACAAGUCAACAAUACACUGGAUCGAGGAAGGAGCAGAGAAGAUAAUACCGCGUAUGCAGUAACCAACAAAAAGAUACCUCCUCAGAAACCGGCGCCUCCAAGUUUACCAAAAGUUAAAGCCUUGUACGAUUAUGAGCCGCAGGAUCUGGACGAGUUAGGACUCAAAGAAGGCGACAUCGUAGAAGUACUCAAAGAACAUGAGGGCGGUUGGUGGCACGGAAGACUGAAAGGAAAAACAGGUCUCUUUCCUUCCAACUAUGUCGAAAAGAUAAAAAUUUUGUAAUUAAUGGCUAUUGAAAAAUUCUAUUGGAUUACAUGAAACCGAAACAUAAUUAUAAUAAGUACAUUGUACCUGUUAUUUGCAAUUUUCGUAUUCCAUGAUAUAUUUAUUAUUAUGGAAAAAUUUUUUAAUUAAAUGUUAGCAGAAAGUUUAGUUAAAAUGCCAAAGUCAAGUCAAAAAAA